AUUAGGCAAAAAGUAUACCACACCACACCUAAUAUUCAAACAAUUGAAAAUUUCCAUACAAAAAAUUGACGCGCUACAUAAAACGAUGUCGUGCUAAUGCGUGUAUUCAACCGGCUUUUCUAUACUUCCAGUUCACACUCUGCUGUGCUGUUUGAACCAUUUUCCCUUUCCGUGUAAUCCUUUUUUAACUCAAAUUAAUCAUAUUUUUCCAUAAUUUCUACUUCUACUUGUACAUUUUUUUCCUUUUUUCUUUCUAAUAACAUUAGUUAGUAGUAGUAAAAGUAAAAGAUUGAAUUUUUAAUUUGCUAAAUUUUCCAUUUUUGUUCUAUAUAAUAAGAUUUCAAGUUUUUUGUUCACAAAUUACUACCCAAUGCUAAAAACCCAUCUCAAUAUCAUUGUAUUUCUUCAAAAUCCAUUAUUUGAGUAGUAUGUUGAGAUUCAGGAUUUUAUACUAAGAUUCCACCAAGAGAUCUGUUCUUGUUGUUUAUAUUGGAUCAAAGAUAGGUAUCUUAAAAAAUGGCAUCCAAGUCAUUCAAGCAAAGUCGAUCGAAUCUAUCAUCGAGCACUGAUGCAUCCGAGCUGCAACAACUUAGACCUCCCCUUCCCCCGACUGUGACUUUUGCUCGUCGUACUUCAUCUGGUCGUUAUGUGAAUUAUUCGAGGGAUGAUCUUGAUAGUGAACUUUCAAGCUCCGAAUAUGCAGACUAUACUGUGCAGAUACCCGCCACGCCUGACAACCAGCCAAUGCCCGAUCCCACUAUAUCGCAGAGGGUUGAGGAACAAUAUGUUUCCAGCUCUCUUUUCACAGGAGGAUUCAAUAGUGUAACAAGGGCCCAUCUCUUGGAUAAGGUGAUUGAUUCUGAAGCUAGUCAUCCUCAGAUGGCGGGGGCCAAAGGAUCAUCUUGUGCAGUCCAUGGAUGUGAUGGGAAUGUGGUGAGUGAUGGGAGGGGUAAGGAUAUUCUUCCUUGCGAAUGCGAUUUCAAGAUUUGUCGAGAUUGUUAUAUCGAUGCAAUCAAAUCCGGAGAUUCAGUUUGCCCUGGUUGUAAGGAGCCUUACAAGAGUCCCGACUUGGAUGAAGCAACUGGUGGGCCACUCCCACUUCCGUCUCCUCCAGAUGGAAUGUCGAAAAUGGAGAGGAGAUUGUCAUUGAUGAAAUCGACAAAGUCGGUGUUAAUGAGAAGCCAAACUGCAGAAUUCGACCAUAAUCGCUGGUUGUAUGAAACAAAGGGGACUUAUGGGUACGGAAAUGCGAUCUGGCCGAAGGAGGGGGCUCCAAAUGAUGUUAAUAGCAAUGAUGGGGAUAUACAUGACCCUCAAGAACUGAUGAACAAACCAUGGAGGCCACUUACUCGGAAACUGAAGAUUCCUGCAGCUGUUCUCAGUCCUUAUCGGUUGCUCAUAUUCGUACGAAUGGCAGUUUUGGGCCUAUUUCUUGCUUGGAGAGUGAAACAUAAAAACGAAGAUGCAAUAUGGCUGUGGGGCAUGUCUGUGGUUUGUGAGAUUUGGUUUGCCUUUUCAUGGCUUCUUGAUCAGCUACCGAAACUCUGCCCUAUUAAUCGUGCGACAGAUCUCAAUGUCCUGAAAGAGAAGUUUGAGACACCUAGUCCCAACAAUCCUACUGGAAGAUCUGAUCUUCCUGGAAUCGAUAUUUUUGUGUCUACUGCCGAUCCAGAGAAAGAGCCCCCUCUCGUAACUGCCAACACUAUUCUGUCGAUUCUAGCAGCUGACUACCCAGUCGAAAAGCUUUCUUGCUAUGUUUCUGAUGAUGGUGGUGCCCUUCUUACUUUUGAGGCCAUGGCUGAAGCUGCUAGCUUUGCCCAUAUGUGGGUUCCUUUCUGUCGUAAACAUAAUAUCGAGCCAAGGAAUCCCGAAUCUUACUUUAACCUGAAGAAGGAUCCAUAUAAAAACAAGGUACGUCCAGAUUUUGUGAAGGACCGCAGGCGACUAAAGCGAGAAUAUGAUGAAUUCAAGGUUCGAAUUAAUGGUUUGCCCGAGUCAAUUCGACGACGAUCUGAUGCGUACCAUGCUAGGGAGGAAAUUAAGGCCUUAAAACUUCAGAGACAAAAUCCAACUGAUGAACCUUUUGAGGUUAUCAAAAUUCCAAAAGCUACUUGGAUGGCUGAUGGAACUCAUUGGCCCGGUACGUGGAAUCAUCCUUCUUCCGAACACUCUAGGGGAGAUCACGCGGGAAUCAUACAGGUUAUGCUCAAGCCUCCUAGUGAAGAACCACUUUUUGGUGCUCCGGAUGAGUCCAAGCUUCUUGACCUUACAGAAGUCGACAUCCGGCUUCCAAUGCUGGUAUAUGUAUCUCGUGAGAAGCGCCCUGGCUAUGAUCACAAUAAGAAGGCUGGAGCCAUGAAUGCUUUGGUGAGAGCAUCUGCAAUCAUGUCCAAUGGUCCCUUCAUUCUUAAUCUGGACUGUGACCAUUACAUUUACAACUCCCAAGCAAUGAGAGAAGGCAUGUGUUUCAUGAUGGACCGUGGUGGGGAUCGCAUUUGUUAUGUUCAGUUCCCUCAAAGGUUUGAGGGUAUUGACCCCUCUGAUCGGUAUGCCAAUAAUAAUACCGUUUUCUUUGAUGUUAACAUGCGGGCCCUUGAUGGGCUUCAGGGCCCAGUAUAUGUUGGAACUGGUUGCCUUUUCCGAAGGAUGGCACUUUAUGGCUUUGAUCCACCUCGUGCAAAAGACCGUGCUCCUAGUGUCUGGGACUGCUGCUUCCCUCGUCGUAAGAGGCUCGCGGAGGAAAACCGAGCUCUGAGAAUGGGUGACUCUGACGACGAUGAAAUGCCUCUUUCUACAUUUCCCAAGAAAUUCGGCAACUCUAGGUUCCUCAUUGAUUCAAUCCCGGUAGCAGAGUUUCAAGGACGUCCAUUAGCUGAUCACCCUGCUGUCAAGAAUGGAAGGCCACCUGGUGCACUCACAAUUGGUCGAGAGUUGCUUGAUGCAUCGACAGUCGCUGAAGCAAUCAAUGCCAUCUCUUGCUGGUACGAGGAUAAAACCGAAUGGGGCGAGCGUGUGGGUUGGAUUUAUGGUUCUGUGACAGAGGAUGUGGUCACUGGUUAUAGGAUGCACAACAGAGGUUGGAAAUCCGUUUACUGUGUCACGAAGCGUGAUGCUUUCCGUGGGACCGCCCCUAUCAAUCUCACUGACCGGCUCCAUCAGGUUCUUCGUUGGGCCACAGGAUCGGUCGAGAUUUUCUUCUCUCGCAAUAACGCCCUACUUGCCAGCCCAAAAAUGAAGAUUCUUCAGAGAAUCGCGUACCUUAAUGUCGGAAUUUAUCCCUUCACAUCCAUCUUUCUAAUUGUAUACUGCUUCUUACCUGCACUCUCUCUUUUCUCGGGCCAGUUUAUAGUACAAACACUCAACGUCACUUUCCUCACCUAUUUAUUGGUCAUUACCGUGACACUUUGUUUACUAGCUGUCCUCGAGAUUAAAUGGUCGGGCAUCGAAUUGGAAGAGUGGUGGCGGAACGAACAGUUUUGGCUAAUCGGAGGGACAAGUGCACACCUUGCUGCAGUGCUCCAAGGUUUACUGAAAGUCGUUGCUGGUAUCGAAAUCUCGUUUACUUUGACUUCUAAAUCUGCCGGUGAUGACAAUGAUGACGAGUUCGCUGACCUUUACAUCGUCAAAUGGACAUCGUUGAUGAUUCCGCCUAUUCUUAUAAUGAUGGUAAACUUGAUAGCAAUUGCGGUUGGUUUUAGCCGCACAAUAUACAGUACUAUACCCCAAUGGAGUAAGCUGAUCGGUGGCGUAUUUUUCAGUUUCUGGGUCUUAGCCCAUUUAUACCCCUUUGCUAAAGGUUUGAUGGGAAGAAGAGGAAGAACACCGACAAUUGUUUUCGUAUGGUCGGGACUUCUCGCAAUCACAAUAUCUCUACUCUGGGUGGCUAUUAAACCUCCAUCAGAUACUGAUCAAAUCGGAGGCUCGUUCACUUUUCCUUAGAAGGUAAAUUUUGGGUUAGAUGUAAUCUGUUUCUUGCAAAUAUUUUGUAAAUUGCUCCAGAAAAAAAUCAUUUAUCAGUAUUGAGCAAUGUUACAAAGAUUAUCUGUGAACUAGAAUGGGAAUUUUCCCAAUAUUCUUUCAUUUUUGUACCAUUUAGUAGAACAUUUUUCGAAUAUGGUUUUGUUGCCUACUGCGUGAA